AUGUCCACUACUCAGUUCCCCACUCUAUUCGACAUGUCUGCCCUUGAGCAGCAGCCCCGCGUGGCUGUGAGUAUGAGUCAAGACGGGCAACAUUCUCACGAACCUGUUGUUGGUGAGCUCAUUUUCGACAAGUUUGCCCAAUCCAGACCUCGUCCUGAAUCUUUCUCUGAGUCCAGUGUCACCAUUAAGUCAGAACUGCAAACCCCCCUUCUCGGAGAUGCUCCCUUGAUUAGCGCUGGCAUCAGCGACGAUGCAGACGAAUUGGAUAAUUUUUUUGCUUCCAGUGCCGACUCGACACCCUUGUUCGGUCUUGAAAAUGUCGAAUCUGACCCCCAAACUUGGCAGUCUCUCUUUGAUGACGAUAUUGCAGUAAGUAUUGCUGAUCCAGUUUCGAACCCGGUUUCAAAUCCUGAGGAUGCUUCCGUAGAAGCUUUCCAACAGCCUUCGACUGCUAUCGAUCAGAACUCUUUCUUACCAACCCCUGUCAUUGAAGAGGCCAGGAUUCCUGGUGAUGCCAAGAAAAAGCCAUCAACUGGUAUGGUGCAAAAACCUUCUAGUCUGACCCAGUUGGGCUUUGUACCUUACACCCGUAAGAAUCGUUCCACGCCAUUGACUCCAGUCAUUCCUGAAUCUGACGACCCCGUUGUAGUGAAACGUGCAAGAAACACCGAAGCUGCCAGGCGGUCUCGUGCCAGGAAAAUGCAGCGUAUGAGCCAGUUAGAGGAUAAGGUAGAAGAAUUACUGAAGAAAAAUUCCGCGUUGGAACAAGAAGUUGCCAGCUUGAGAUCUCUCCUUGACAACCAGUGUUAA